AUGACAAACCCAGAUGUUAUAUCGACUAUAAGGCCACCGCUGCCAGUACAGAAUGGCCCUCCAAGGUCUAUCAAUAAAAUGCCUCCGCCUCCACCUCCACCCAGCUCUGACUUUCGUAAUGCAACUAUAGAAAAUCAUUGGAAUGAUCCGCCGAAGAGAAUCUUUUGUAAUCAAUCUGAAGAUGAACAAGUAGAAUUACUCAGUAAUGACGACAUUCAAAAGGCUUUGACUCAACAUUUCGAAAUAUGUCAAAAGGCUUUUGAAGAGGGACCACAAAGCAGAGUUGUAAAAGAUACUGAUGGUAGAUUGCAAGAAUUGAUAAAACGACUACAGACAAACGGUUUAUCGAAUGUUGUCCUCAAAUCACUAUCUGAUAUUUUGAAAGCAUUGGAUGCGAAACAGUUCAAUUCUGCCUUGAAAAUUCAUACACAAUUGAUGACUACAGAUUAUGAUAGAAAUGGCCACUGGCUCGUUGGUUUGAAGAGAUUAAUUGAUCUCAGUGAAAAGGCAUCCUCUUUUUCUGCUUAA